CGAAUCCUCAUGGCGCUCCUUCGGCCGCUGCGAUUGACUCAUGUCUUGUGGAGCUUUGGGGUAUACUUGGUCGUGUGGGUGGCAAUUAGCAUAUCCAUCUUGCAUGUGCUGGACGUGGACUACCAUUCAACAUUCAGCUCCAUCCUCCCGUCGAAGAACCAUGCCGUGUCAAACUCGCUCCACCGUCAUCGCAAGCCCAAGCAAUCCGUGGACCAAGAGUACGCUGCAUACUACAACUUUACGCAAUGCUACCGACAAGUUGAUUAUGGUCUUCUCGACUCGAUUGUCCCGACUGUCGUAUGUCAGUCGUCCAAGUCGUCGCCGCAAUCGACAACCAUCACGCACUUGACCAGCCUAGGGUGGAACGACGGGUCGCGGUGGCAGAAUUUCGCCCUCGACUUCUCGUCUGCACCCGUGGUCUCCUCCAUCCGCAAUGCGAGCGAAGAAGGGGGCCAUCAUGAUCCCCGCUACCGUCUGACGUCGUCGCGGCUGCGCUGUCAGUGCGACUUGUCCCCGAACGCCAGCUCGUUCCUCGUCGAGAAAUUCUUCCCUUCGAAUGACACGUCCAUGUCUUGGCAAUGCGAUGAUUCCUCCAUUCUCCCCCCAGCGCCCCCUGUAGUUGUAGUUAAGCCCACUGCGCUUCUCGUGGCCCGGAAGGAUGACCACAACCCGUUCUUUCAACUGGCGGCCACGUUGAAUGCGUGGGCGUUACUGAAACAUCUCCAAAUCGACUCGACCACCACUCAGCUCUUUGUUCUGGACGACGGUGAGCCCAUGCCCACGGACGUCCUCAUGCAGACGCUCUUGGCCCCGCGGCACCCCGUCACUUAUGGUCGCGAUGUUGUCGGCCAAACCAUAGCGUUCCACCAAGCAGUGUUCCUACCGUUCGAGUUUGCCGGUCCCCUCGUCGAACACUUGAACGACGAGCAAUUGUGCCACGACAGCCGUCUCGUGGCCGACUUCCGCGCCGACGUCUUUCGGGCGUUCGGCCUCCCCUUGGUGCCGCACUCGACCACGUUCAAUGCCACCACUGGUGACAAAAGGGAUUGCAUCAUCACGAUCGUGUCGCGAAGGGACUAUGGCGGCCGGCGCAUUGCGCGCAUGUGGCUCAACGAACACGAGAUGGUUCUGAAAAUGCAAGCCAAGUACCCCAUGUGCACAGUGCAGUCGGUGGACUUUGCCACCAAGACGAUGGCUGAGCAGAUUCAGCUCGUGGCCGCCAGUCGCGUCGUGGUGGGCAUGCAUGGGGCGGGCAUGGCCAACGUCAUGUUUGCAUCUCCGAACACGUUUGUCGUCGAGAUCUUUCCGCUGUCGACGUUUCGGUAUGGAUACCGCAACUUGUGCCAGUACUUGGGGCUCGAGUACGUGGAAUUCCGCGACGGCGCCGACACCCCCUGGCCAGAAUCCCAUAAGUUCAUUCCCGAAGCGGAUUGGUUCAAAACGUUUGAUUUGAUCAUGAACGUCGUGCUGAACGACAACGAACGGGUCAAGUACGACGCGCGACAACACGUCCAGCGGAAGAUCCACCGCCAACACAUCCUCGACAUGGAGUUUGAUUAACAAAGAUCGCGACCUUUGGACAUCC